AUGGACAUAGCGACGGCGAUGGCGCCAGAAAGCUUACCACUAUCCUUCGUGGAAAACGACAUCGAACCUAGCAGUUGCCCCCCAGUCAACCAACGCCAAUACCAUGAGGUUGUUCUACAAAUCCCACCUAGCCAGGCGGAAGAAGACGUGGAAAAAGAGCUUAUCAGUAUAGCCCAAGGGAUUGGUUUAGAGACCUCUAAUGCUAUACAUCCACAGUUCGAUAUGUCCCAAUUGGCGAACCAUUUUCCCAAUCAGUCUUCUCACCUUAACUUGGAAUCUUCUCCUCUUAACUUGGAAUCUUCUCCUCUUACUUCAACCAGCUCUCCUCAUGCAAAUAACAAUAAUGUGUCUUCUCCGCCAACUAUAUCCUCAAGCAAUGAAAUCGCCAGCAGUAUGUAUUCUGCUACCUCCAUUUCCACGCGCCCAACAUCGCACGGCUCCGUUGUAGAGCAGCCAUCCAUUUCGCCGGUGUCAAGGCCCGGACAGUGUUACAGGUCAAGUUUAUCGUUCGUGAAACAGGGUAGUCGUGAGCGAAGGGUGAGGUUUAGUAGUUUCAGGUUAUCCUUUGGAAAAUUUUCGAAUUUUAGAAGGCGUUCCGCUACAGCCGUCUCAACACCUACCUCUCCUGUAUGGUCCGAAACCAGAUCCAUCACGCCAGGCCUUGACAACCUACAAUUCCUAGAUUCGCAGUCCAAAUUGGGAAACCAGACCCCGCAGUCGAAUAAUAACCCCUCGUUCAAUCAUAGCAAUAAUGUUGAUAAGCUUGCUACGAUGAAGACUUUGAAUUGCCCUAAAAUACAAGAAUUGCGUAGUGCUCAGAAAGCCCAACGAGACCGAUUCCUGGCAUUCAAGGAAGAAGCACUCGAAACUCUUUAUCUCAGGCACGAAGAGUCGAAAUCUUUGAAGAGAAGGGAAUAUGAGAAAGUGGAACGUGAUAUAGAUGACCAGAAUAUGCAAGAAGCAAAUCGACUUGAGGAGCUUCAACUUAGCUCUGAACUCGAUCUAGUUGAGGAACUACGGCGAGAAAGGCAAACUCUAGAGAUGCGUAUCCUCCAUAUGGAAGGUUACCUCAGUAACGCUCCGCGAAAUUCCGAAUCCAGGCUUUCGAAUAACGAUGUUGACAACCACUCUUAUAUCCAUCAACCCCACCGCCAAGUCACUCAAAAAGAUAGGGACCAUCUACUCGAAAAGUACCGCGAACGGGACAGGAUGGAUACUCUCCAUAUAUCAAAGAUCAAAGUGCUCCGAGACACCCAAGAACGGAAAUACCUAGAAACAGUGUCCAAGCAGGAGAAGAAAGCCAGCAAAGUGGCCCAAGUACAUGAGAACGCAUUCCAGAACCUUGUCAGCCGUUGUGACAACGAGACUGCAGCUGCUAAUGCGUGGUUUCUCAGUCGAAAACAACACCUGAGAAUGAGGUGGAUGCUUGAAGAAGCGAUUGUUAGAAAAAGAUUGGAAAUCGACACGGGUAUCUCUUAUGUUCCAUUGCCAGUGAUUUCAUUUUCGGAGGAAUAUGCAGAGAGACCUGAUUAA